AUGACGGAGGAAGUAAGAAAUCUAGACGCAGAUGCAAGCGAAGAUCCUACGACUUCCAAAAUUUUUGCUGAGGUCACUGCACGAUACCAUUAUUUAAAGCGCGGGAAGCCCCGUUCCAUUCAGAGGUAUCGCUUGUGUGACGACUUCGGCACAGGCGACCGAGAAUGGUUCCAGGUCCAGCCAUGGGAGUCACACGCCAGCCAUACGAGGCAGAUCGUGGAUCGGCAGUUCUCUGAGGCCAUGUGGACCCAUGAAGGUGGAUUGCUGGUUUACCCAAGUGCCGACUACCAGAGCUUGAUGCUUCUGGAUCUGAUCAAUGACCGGCAAUACCUGGUUCCUUUCGUCCUCCGCGGCAAGGUCGUACGUAGAGUGCGGCUGCAAAAACGACUGCUGGUCAUCGAAUGGGCGGAGCCAACAGCAUUCCACUGGCUCAACGAGAGCGAUGGGGUACAUCGUCACUUUGCAUCCUCCUUCGACGUGAUACUGAAGGAGAACGGAAACUGGAGUGUUGUCCCACGCAACGAAUGGAAGAUCAUGUUUCUCGGUCACCCAUUAAGUGAGCGAGACAGGUUCUUCUCGGCCCACAGCAACUCUCAUUAUGCAAUCUACAUAUGGCAGCCCAAUCGCAGUUUGUAUACGGCCGACGAAGAUGCUCCCAUCGAGUCAUUGUUUGUCUGGGAUAUCUCAAAGGAAUCCUCUUACAGACCAUCACUAGACCCCAUGUCUCGGCAGUCGGGACCAGAGGUUGACAGGUCUCCUUCUAUCGUGUCCAGGUUCGGGUUCCGAGACCUAGAAUUCUUUGGCGUUCGACAACGCGGCUGCCCGAGCAUGCAGAAACUAGAAAUCACGGACGAUGGCGGAGCAAUAAUAAUCACAGAGAAUAUCAACACAUGGCUGACCGUUCCGGAUCCCUUCGGUCUGCCUCUGACCAUCGUCACCAGCAUUCCAUUAACAGGCCAUGGGCCUCACUUACGAGAGGAAAGUCGUUUGAUCUUCCCACCCUACCGCGGAAACUGCAGUCUAGAAACCACUCCAUUAUCCGCCAUGGCUUUCUUUGCCGAGUGCUGGUAUGGUAUCCUUGCACAGGCUAUUGAUCAUAAGGCCGGUGUCAGCUUCUGCCUUCAUUUCAACCCUAUCACCUGGGACGAAGAUGAAAGAGAUCCCAACAGAAAAGAUCAACCGAUAUACCUGUCUGUCCAAACUAUUCACUUCCAGGUGACACACGAGAAUAUCGAUUUCAUAGGCAGGGGGAAGAUCUGCGGCUGCGAGAAGUAUCUCUUGGGCGAGAAUGGUAAUCGAGAGUUGGUGAUCUACAGGUUCGAUCGGUGA